CUCCCUGAUCCCAUUUUUCCCUCCCUGAUCCCGUUUUUCCCCUCCCAGGUGGUGGCCCUGGAGGGCUCCAACAGCACCGGCCGCAGGAUCGUCGUGUCCAAACUCUACGAGGGGGUUCCUCUGCCCUUCCACACCCCCACCGAGCCCCCCUCGGAGCCCCUCCUGGUGCUCGUGGCCUGCGGGCCCUUCACGCCCUCGGACGGCGUCGCCUUCGACCCCCUGAGCGACCUCCUGGAGGUGCUGAACAGGGACCAGCCCGACGUGUGUGUGCUGUUUGGGCCGUUCCUGGACGCCAAGAAUGAGCAGGUGGAGAGCUGCCGCCUCUCGGGCUCCUUCGGGGACGUUUUCCGGCUGUGCCUGCGCUCCCUCAUCGAGGGCACCCGGAGCUCUGGCUGCCACCUGGUGCUGGUGCCGUCGCUCCGGGACGUGGCCCUCGACUUCGUGUACCCCCAGCCCCCCAUCCCCCAUCCCGGACCUGCCUCUGAGGACCGAGAGCGGGUGCUGCUGCUGCCCGAGCCCUGCACGCUGGAGGUGGCGGGGGUGGUGCUGGGGCUCAGCUCCACGGACGUGCUGUUCCACAUGGGGGCCGAGGAGAUCAGCAGAUCCUCAGGGACCUCGGAUCGUUUCACGCGGAUCCUGCGGCACAUCCUGACCCAGCGCAGUUAUUACCCGCUGUACCCGCCCUCCGAGGAGCUGAACCUGGACCUGGAGGCGGCCGCGCUCGGCGCCCGCCUGCCCGUCACGCCCGACGUGCUGGUGACGCCCUCCGAGCUGCGCUUCUUCAUCAAGGACGUCCUGGGCUGCGUCUGCCUCAACCCCGGCCGGCUGACCAAGGGCCGUGCCGGGGGCACCUUCGGCCGCCUGUGGAUCCAGCGGGAAUCGGAGCCGCCGGGGCCGCCGGGGCCGCGCCGGAGCCCCUGCGUGGCCGCCCAGAUCGUCCGGAUCUGACCCCUCGGGACCCCCGCGGGACAGGGUGGGGAAACACCCGGAAUUCCGGGGCCAAUCCCCCCCUUCCCGCUGGAUUUCCCUGGGAAAGGGGGAUCUGGGAUUGGGGGGGAAGGUCCGGGAUCCCCAUCCUGGUGUUGG